AUGCCCAAGAUAUCAACUGCCUGUCUUUACGCGUUUAUCCUCUCUCAGACCGUGCGUGGGUACAAUCUUGUGCAAACGUACUCUGGAAGCUCCUUUUUCGACUCGUGGACUUUUGCUGAUGGAUGGGAUCACUGGACGAAUGGCGAUAUCAUCUACCUGCCCCAAGCUCAAGCCGGUAAUUUGACGCGGCUGACCGAAAAUGGCAACGUGCAGAUCCGAAUGGAUGAUUUCACUGGCUUGGGAGAUAAUAUGAAGCGGAAUUCUAUCCGCAUAGAGGGCAAGCAAAUCUUCAACAGCACCAACGCGGUCGUCGUCUUUGACGUGGUUCAUGUUCCCACCGGUUGCUCGGUAUGGGGCAGUUUAUGGUCCAAGAGUGCCAUUUUCGUGAAUGAUUGGCCAAAGGGAGGAGAGGUAGAUAUCAUGGAAGCCGUCAACAAGAUGACUACAAACCAGAUGGCCCUCCACACCGACAUCUCCUGCACCAUGUCAACGUCAAAUCCAAAUCAAUCUGGUAAUGCCGGAAAUGCUGAUUGCCAAGUGACGUUUGGUCCAGACGGCAAAGCCAUCAACCCACAAGGGUGUACAGUACUGGACACACAACCUCAAAGCUAUUCAACUUUAGCUGAGAGCGGAGGUGGUGUCUGGGUCGCAGAAUACGGAGCGCAGGCCCUCAAUAUCUGGUUCUUCCCUCGGGCAAAUGUCCCUGACGCACUCAAAGGUACACCGGAGACGCUCGAUACCGCAGCAUUGGGCAAGCCUGUCGCCAACUAUCCAAGUUCCUCUACUUGUGACAUCUCCAAGGCCUUGUACCCGCAACAUCUUGUCAUUGAUGUCACGGCAUGUGGUGAUUGGGCGAAAGGUGUCUUGGAAUCGACUGGAUGUACCCCGUCUUUGCCCAACGAUUGCUACAAUUCCUACGUGCAUCUACCUGAUAACUACCACGAUGCAUAUUUCGAAAUUGCUGCAAUUAAAAUAUUCGGAGACGAUACAACAUUGCUUCAAAAUAGUACCGAGCUCGCGAAUAUCUUUGGUGCGCCGUCUGCCACUAACACUGGAUCACAUACGACACCACCGCGCGCGACGUCGGUCUCCCGGGGUGGCAGUACCAGUACGUCGACGCCAUCGUCGGCGAGCAAGACCAUCUCCGCCUCGGUUGGUUCUCUCCUAUUCAUGGCAGCCCUCAUGAGCCUUUCUUUCUAA